AUGAUCACAGUGCCAGAGAAUUUGGCUACCCAAGAGUCAGAUCAAACAAGGAAGACGUUACCGGAAGAGAAUGGUCGAUUAUUUCAUUGCCUUUAUGAUAUGUACACUGUCGAAGAAAAGCGACAAAUGUCUACUGAAUCCAAAGAUAAUCAAGAUGAAUAUCAUUUUAAUUAUGAAGAAGUACAAGCUCUUUUCAACAGUGUAGCAACAUCAUCUAACAGUAAUUCGAAUCAAGGAACAGAAAUAUCGACAACGACAAUAUCUUCAACAACACCCCGAACGACAAUAACAUACACGCCAGUCUUUGGUGGCAGAAGUUCUACAACUAGACGAUCUGUUCGAUCUCGUCCACCACCUCCAACCUAUUUAAAUUCUUCUUCGUUUUUUCGACAUGCUAUACAAACUCUACCUCAUCAUGGUGCUGCACUUACUUCUCAAACCGGAGGAACAAAUACACCUUCUCCAUUUAAUUAUUCAAGAUCAUUUCGUUCCUGCAUUCGUUCUCGAGGUUCAUCUUAUCGUUCAUCAUUUGAUAAUAAUCAGAAUAAUAAUCAUGGUAAUACAUCAAGAAUAAAUUUCGGUUUACACGAUAAUAUUACAGCAGCAUCAACAUCAGCAAUAACAGGAGUCAUUGGAGGACAACCAUCGAUUGGAUCUGUCACUACCGGUAUGAGUCAAGUUUUAGCUAUAACAACUACGUACCAACCACAACCAACUUCAUCAAGUGAUUUGCAACGUUCUACUUCAGUACCUAAUAUUAUUUAUUUACCAGCAACAUUUGCCCUACUCACUGUGAAUGACAAUUCGACUAAUAAUGCAAAUUAA